AAACCACCAAUUCGUGCUGCAGUUUCACCGGCACGACGCAAGUUCUUCGAAGAGCCUCCCUCGAGUCAACUGGUCAACGGAGUUGGUGUUCUGGCCGCCAGCUCGGCUCAUUCGGUGUCUGCGAAGCCGGACUCAUCUGCCGAGGCGACUAGCAGCGGUCGACCUGUGGCUUCCGGCAAGUUCGCUUCCGGCUCCAUCGCGUCGUCCCUCAGUCCUGCCUCCGGUCAUCUCAUACGUCUGGCCGAGUCACACUCGGAACGUCCGAACUCACCAAUCAACACAUCGCCACACGAAGCGUCUGAUGUGAUAGGCAAGUCGUCAACUGUCAGUUGCUCAGGUCAAAGUCAACUGACGGUCAAAGGUCAAAAGUCACCUGCUUCGCCUGCCGCUCAAUCUGGUGUAGCCACCGGUUCAGUUGCUGUAGGUCGGGGCAAAUCGGAUGUGAAGACAAGCACCAGUUCGUUGGUGAAUCGAAUCUCGUCACGUUGGUCGCAUCAUCAUCACGGACACGGUCAAUCGUCCAGUAGUCAAGCGGGCGCCUCCAAAAAGACCGCCGUCACCUCCCCCGGCGAAACUGUGUCUGGUGGUAGCAACAACACCAAUGCCAAUGUCAACAGCAGCAUCGUGCAUAGUCGAGGGGAGACGGAGCCGAUGAAAUCGAGCGAGGAUGAGUCGACGUCGCGAACUCGAGGCCAGGCAACAAAGGAGGCCGAGACGGUGGGAAAAGCGACUUCGCGAAAACAGAUGACCAUGGCCGUGGUGGCCACUGUCACGAUCGCCAGUCCCACGUCGGACUCGGCUGCAGAACCGGUGCGAAAAGCGUCGAGAACAGCCUCCAUCACCAGCAUUUCACCCUCAAUCAUGGCGCUGAGACAAAAGUUCUCAGUGGCCGCCGGUGAUGGAGGUGAUUCUAAAAAGAAAUAA